AUGAAUACAGAAAAUGCAACACCCCUCACACCUACUUCACAACCACCACCACGUAUCCUAAGAAUUAAAAGAAAAAGAGGUCAAGACCCACUUCAAGCUUUAAUUUUAGAAGAUACUCGCAAUGUUAAACGAUCAAAACCGUCAACUCCAAUCACAUCACCCAUAGCAACACCACGCAGCCAAACACCACUGCGUCAACAACAAUUAAGAGGGGAUAUCAGUACCAAUGGUGCUGAUGAUGAUAGGCUCAAUUAUAUGUUUAAAUUGGCUAAAACAGAAUUUGGUAAUGAAGCUGAAUUGGAUGAAUCUUUAUUACAUACAAUCUUGGCUGAAGCAGCAACUACAGGAACAGGAAUUGAAAAUGGGGGUGGUCGAAGUAGUACGAAACACAACCAGGAGAUUAAACGACGAUUUAUCAUCCAACCGGGAGAAACUCGAUGUCAAAGUGGAAUUGAUUACGAAGGGGCUGAUGUCGAAAUACCCGAUCAAUUGUCUAAUAUGAUUGAGGAUUUAGUAUCAAAGGGAGAUGAUAAGACUAAAACAAAGAGAAAAAGAAGAGGACGUUCGAAUCACAAAGAUGACAACACUGUUGUAAGUGACGAUAAAGUUUCCGAAUUGCGAGACUCAAUAUCUCAAGACGUAUCAACCACGUUCACCAACUCCGAUGACCACGAUGACGAGAAUCAAUACGUUUAUGAUGUCUAUCAGCUAACAGAUGCUGAACCACUAACCACAGCAAACCAUCCCCUGGCACAAAUUGGAUACAUUCGAUUUUUCAAUGAUGAUGAUUCCGACAACAAUGAUUCCAAAAUAUUUGAUUCAACACAACAAGACAUGGAUGAAUUGAAAAAGCCUAGUGUAUUGACUGAUGACGAAGACUCAAACGCUGAAAGUUUUUAUCAAAAUGAUUAUCCUAGUGAUGAAGAUGCCGAGGGGUUACAAGAAUUGAACUCGUUUGAAGACGAGUUUGAUAAAUUGAAUCUUGGGAACGGAGAAGAGGAAGGUGGCAAUGGUGGUGUUGAUGAGGAUGCUGGGUAUGUGCCUCACGAUGGAAUUGGAUGGGAUGGUGAAGAGUAUUUUGAUUAUGGAGACGUUGAGCGAUUCAUGGGACUAGAUGAAGACGGAGACGACGAUGAGGAAGACGAGGAAAACGAUGAUGAUCAUGAAAUUAAGAGAAACCAGUUUUUCAAAUCCGAUGUGGAUGAUCCACUAGCAUUACAUCGAGAUAAAAUUUUUGGAAAAUUAGAGAGAAUGAUUGACGAAUAA